CUUGCCUUUAAUCAUUCACUUUUGGCUGACAGUAAUCGAAAGCGAAGACAAUUUUAAUCCUGUAUUUGUAGUCACAUUUUGUAAUCACAACGAACGAGACAACAACAAUCUCAGUGUCUGAGAAAAUGCCGAAGUUUGUGCUUGUCGUUUUUGACAUUGACCGUAAGACAUGGGUGUGCAGAAGAACAAAGGUUGUCAAUGGUGACAUCAAGAAGGGAGGAAAGGCAUUGGUACGCUGGGGAAAACGUGUUGCACUUCCUGCCAAAGUAUUAAUGAUGUCUGAUGAUAUGCAGUUAUUGAAAAGAAAACAACAACAAAUGUGCCAUGCGGUCAAAAGGAGAGCAGACAAUGACUUCGCCACAAAUGAGAAUAAAAAACAAAAGCAACUGGAGCCGCCAAGAUCACAACUGACACGUUCCGUAAUAGCUACAAAAACGCAAGAGGGGCACCUGCUGACGGGCAAGAAUCCGCCACGAAGCAAAACAUCUGCCUCAUCUAUUGCCUACCAACCACUCACAUCGAAUUCAGUGAUGGUCUACUCAACGCAGCCAAGUACCCAAUCAACGCAGUUAACACACAAGCCAAGUACCCAAUCAACCCAGCCAACACAGAAGCCAAGUACCCAAUCAACCCAGCCAACACAGAAGCCAAGUACCCAAUCAAGGCAGCUAAAACAGAAGCCAAGUACCCAAUCAACUCAGCCAACACAGAAGCCAAGUACCCAAUCAACGCAGCCAACACAGGAGCCAAGUAUCCAAUCAACGCAGCCAACACAGAAGCCAAGUAUCCAAUCAACGCAGCCAACACAGAAGCGAAGUACCCAAUCAACGCAGCCAAAACAGAAGCCAAGUACCCAAUCAACUCAGCCAACACAGAAGCCAAGUACCCAAUCAACGCAGCCAAAACAGAAACCAAGUAUCCAAUCAACGCAGCCAACACAGAAGCCAAGUAUCCAAUCAACGCAGCCAACACAGAAGUCAAGUACCCAAUCAACGCAGCCAACACAGAAGCCAAGUACCCAAUCAACGCACCCAACACAGAAGCCAAGUACCUAUUCAACGCAGCCAACACAGAAGCCAAGUACCUAUUCAACGCAGCCAACACAGAAGCCAUAUUCCCAAUCAAGCUUGGCAAUUCCUCAACAACCACGUCUUCAUCAACCACCUUUACGGGGUUCACGACCAGUGAAAAGUUCGCCAAUUGCUCAACCGCGCCAGCUAAGCUCAGCUACAUUCGUCACUACCAUUGCACAGUCAAACGCGACGGGAAAACGUCCAUUUGACUGGUAUAAGGCGCCGCCGACAACAACGAGUUUUGCAAACUCAACAUCCGCAUUGAUGUCCAACAUUAAGGCAUACAUUGACGAGAAAAUUAACAUUUUGCAAAAUGACUUAUUUAAAAUGAUUGACAACGAAGUUUCUACUGCAAUUUUGGCAUCGCGUCUUGGUUCGGUACCAACUUCAGAAAUUGAAGCGCCAUCUACGGCGAAACCUCUCAGCACAGAAGAUGUGGACUACGUUUUCAAUGAGUCCCGCAAUCUCGGCCAGUUCGCCAAAAAGUUGGUAUUUCAAUUGUAUACUCCAGAAGACCGCGUUGGCAGAAAUUGCCGUGGAGUCGUUUUCACUAAAGGAUUGACUAGAAAGCCACUAUCACCAAGACGCCUACACUUCAUCAAGAAGAGAUGCUGCGAAAAAAGUUCUGCGAAAUGCCAAUUAGAAUUUGAGAAGAUAUGGAAAGAGCAGUGUGUGAAAAGCAUAGACAGAGGACUCCGGGGUGAACGCACUGUGAAUAAACGCAAAGAAGAACGUAUAAAACCUGAAACCAUCACUAUCGAAUAA